CUAAAGAUCUCGUUCAACGAGUCGAGCCUGCACAGCACCUACGAGUAUCCGUCUGAGAGCAGCGUGUGGGACAGCGGGGACGAGGAGGACGAGGACAAACGGGACGAGCAGCCGAGCAUGGUGGGACGGAUCCACAUCCCCCGACCCGGACUUAUCGGCUCGGACAACGGCAGCGACCUCUCCAGCUACAUCCCCAAACACUCGGUGGACUUCAGCGCCUGGCAGGAAAACAAACACGAGGAAAACGUUCGGCAGGAGGACGCCGGCUCGCCGCAGAUCACUGAGGAGGUCAUGCUCACUCCGGCGGACAGCUCGUCUCUGUCCGACUACAGCAGCGAACCCGCCCUCUACUUCUGAUCGACCAAUCAGCUGCGCCRUAGCAGAGCUCACAGGAAGUUCAACCUGAUUGGCUCCGGUGAGGAGGAGGAAGCAGCUCUGGUUUAUUUUUUAUUUAAAUUUUUUUUUAAUCCUGCCAUUCGGAGCUGCUAUCCGAGCAUCAUCUUCCUCACGAUGAAGCAGCUGGGCUGUUUUUUUUUUGUUUUGUUUUGUUUUUUUUCCUCCUCCUCUGAUCUCAGACAGUUGAUCUGUCAGCACCGCGCCUCCUUCAAGCUCCGCCUCUUUUUCACUUUAGGACCAAAAACUUAAAACAUAAAUAAAAAUUAAAAUAAAAAAAGAAUAAAGUCUGUAUGGCCACGGUGAGCUCAGUGUUAGAAUGGCAACAUGUCAUAAAAAAAGAGAAAUAAAUAAUCUGGAGGACGUUUCUGCUCACGGCAGAUUUAAAAACAAAAACUUUUUUUUUAAACAGUGAAAGGGUGCCACAUUUGUUUACGUCUGUUUUUGUACGUGCACGUUUUGAUUUCAGCUCUUUUUACUGGAUCGCCUUUUGUUUUUGGUUUUUUGUUUCCUGCUGUAAAAUAAUGUAUCAAACUUCUUAUUUGGUGACGGAGGAGGAAACUUGUGCACCCUGCAGAGAGGCGGGACGAGAACCUGUCAAUCAAUCUGUAGCAGCUUUCAGUUCUUUUAUCGGGGAAAAAAAGUGACCUUCGCCAAUAAUGUCUGUAAUAAUUUGUUUUUAUUUGGUGACUGUAAAAYGACGGCUUCUUGUGUAUUUAUUCAGAUCUGCACGUCUGAACGGUUGUUUGUUUGUUUGUUUGUUUUUGUUUGGGGAACGCCGUCGCUCCGCUGGAUGUAAUCGUGUACUCCGACAUUCCGCAGGUUUGUUUAUGAACAAACAAGAAAACUGUUUUUUAAUCCAGAUUUUUUUAUACGCAUCGUUUUGGUUUUUCUCAUCAUGCCAACAGAUUGAAGUAUUUCUGUACAGUUUCCAACACGAACAUCUGGAAUCGUCUCAUCAGUCCUUAAAGCUGGAUCUUUGUCGUCUUGGAUGUUUCAUUUUUAUUUUUUGCACUGUCAUGCUUUUAGCUGCGUUUUGCACCUCAUGAAGUCAUUAAAGGAGGACAAGAGUUUCUGCUGAUGUGAAACCACUAAAA